AUGCCACGUACUCCUAGUCCUCGUUCUGAUUACUCACGUCGACAUAUUUCACGUUCAGAUUAUAGAGAAAGGGAUGUAUAUGCCCGCGAUCGAGACCCUCUUUCUGAGACCUACCGUGACUUAGAUCGACCUGUGGAAGAUCCUUAUUAUGAGCGUCGUAGAUCUCGUUCACCAAUUGGAAGAGAUAGAGAUAAAUAUGAUCAACGUCGUAGAACUCCUGAAAGAGUUGGGAGGUAUCGUUCUCGAUCACGUUCGCCCGGUAGCAGAAGAG